CCAGUUUGAAAACACAAAUGGUUUAGCCGUUCUUGUGCGAGAAUUUCAGUUAAAUAUAGUUGCUGUCUGCAUGUUAUUGCACAAUCUGUGAUCUUAACAGAAAUUCAGGGCACUCGUCGCAUUUUUUAGAAAACCAGAGGACAGACAGACAGACAGUAAUCGUAAGAGUUAAUUCUCCUUCGAGUGAACUAAACAGCUAACACAGUUAGCUACUUUGCCAUUCAUUUCAGCUUGAUCGGUAAGGUCCUCACAACAGAUAUUGUGCCUUCGAAGAGCAGUAUCAAACAAAACAAAUAGUACGUUGUUAUUGGUGCUUGCCUCGGCAGAGUGAGUUUUCGACUUUCCACUGUCUGCUGGUCCUUCAUUUAACCGCCAAGAUGAGUUUGGCGUCUUCCCGAGAGCAGCGAAAAACGGCAGGCAAUCGCAUGUCAAAGUUGCUGGAUGUUGAGGAAGAAGACGAGUUCUACAAGACGACAUAUGGAGGUUUUAACGAUGAAUCGGGCGAUGAUGAGUAUAAAGGUGAUCAUUCAGACUCCGAGGAUGAAGUUGACAGCGAUUUUGACAUUGAUGAAGGGGAUGAGCCAGACAGUGAACAAGAGGAGGAUGCACCUCGUCGAAAGAGUCGGGUGGUCACCAAAGCCUACAAGGAACCAGUGAAAGUUGUCAAACCUAAACCAAAGAAGCCGUCUGUUGAGCAGAAGAAAACGGAACGAGUCAAGACCCCUCAGAAACGUACAGCUCAGGUGUUCCAGGACUUCGCAGAAAUUCGCAAGUCAGUGCGACAGUCUACCAGCGAGCACACUCGUAAAACCAACCUGCGGCUGCAGCUGCGUCAAGAGGCCCCCAGGAGGCGCCGUGGAGCACACCAUGACCGGCCCCUCACUCAAGACGAGCUGCUGGCAGAGGCCAAAGUCACUGCCGAGGAAAACCUCAGGUCACUUGAGAACUAUGAGAGACUGGAGGCGGACAAGAAGAAGCAGGUUCACAAGAAGCGACGUUUCGAUGGGCCGACCAUCCGCUACCACUCCGUGCUCAUGCCUCUCCUGUCCGACUCGCUCCUCAAGGAAGAGAAUGUGGACGUAGAGGGGCUGGACCAGGAUGCUCCUCAGCCCACCACCUCCACCUCCUCCACGUCCUCCUCCUCGGCUCCCACCUCCUCCUCCCAGGGCUCCUCAGGUACAGCGGGGUCAGCGUCAGGGUCAGGGUCGGGCCUGUGCUCCCGUACCUACAUCACGUUCAGCGACGACGACGCCAUGGCCAUGGUGUUCCCCGCGGCAACCAGAGGCUCUGCCCCCCAGCUCCCUGUACAGGAAGUGUGUCCCGUCACGCACAAGCCGGCGCUGUACCGCGACCCCGUCACGGACAUCCCCUACGCCAACGCACGCGCCUUCCGCAUCAUCCGGGAGGCCUACCGCAAGUACGUGGCAGCCCACGGCUUCCCCGUUACCGAGGUGACGGGGUCGGGAGCCGGGGCCAGCGCUGGGGGGGCCACGGAAGCGUCGUCUGCUUCGACCUCAGCUGCGCCGCCUAAAGGCCUCUGCCAGAAGACGCUCGUCAAGCAGGCGGUGGCCGCCACAUAAACCAGGGAAAGACGGACUAUAUCAGUCAUUUCACACCAGCUCUGUCUGCUAAUUGGGGGAGUUGCCUUUUUUGUUUUGUCUCAUGCAUUACACACGUGGUUUUGACUGAUCCGUUGAUGCAGUCAAAGUUAAAAACUUUUCGGAACAUUUUGGCCGAGACAACUACCAGUAAGCCGACGGAACGAACACACGAUGCAUUUGGAUAUUGCCAUAGAGUUCAUGAGAUCCAUUAGCAGUGUAAAACAUGCUGAAAGAGGAUUGCUGAGGUGGUGGUAAUGAACGUUCACAAGAAAAGAAUGACCACACACUAUGUUCAGUGCCAUGAUUGUUUUUCUUCAGAGGGAUAAAAAAAAAGAUAGCAAACAUGUUUAAAUUGAAUAAAUACACACAUGACAUUGAGCAGACAGUGUUUGUUGUCGCUCACUGUGAAAUCACCUUGAUACGUCUUCCUGAGGUGCUUCAGUCUCCCACCACCAGAAACUUUUGUGAUUUUGUUUUAAACAAAAAAUAUCAGGUGUUCUAUAGUGACUGAUUUUUAGCUGAUGUUGAGACUCUUUUGUGGGUCUGGGGAAGCUGAUGGAGGGUUAUUUUGUUUGUUUGUUUUGUUUGGAGACUGUUUUGUGUUAAAUAAUGUUCCAAGUCUUUUUGCAUACCCAUACCCAAUUGCAGGAGUCAUAGUGAUGAUGGGUUUUCUGCAGCUGUUUGUACCUACUUGUUUGUAAACAAUGUUUUUCUUACACACCAAUUUGUAGCACCAAAUGUACAAUAAAUAUCUGGUUACUAUCGUG